AUGGCUUCGCGGAGCGUCUGGCGACUUACCCAUGGCAUGACCAAGGACGGUUAUAGGUGGAGUAGGUGGAACUCCCGUGGAAACCUCAACGCUUUGGUCUUUUACAGGAGAUUUCGCCUUUUCGUUGGGCACGGCGAGGAUUUCUGCAGUAAAACGUCACUUCUACGACGAAUUGCAACUCAAGCUGAAGAACUAGAAACCAAACGAGACUGUGCUCGUCUCAUGGUCUUUGACGCUGCGGAUCUUGCCGAGAUCCGCGAAGAUUUGUCAAGUGGGGCUGUGAUCAAACGCGUUGUUCCCGCACUGGUAGCUCUUCAUUUGUGCAAAGUCUUUGGCAAUACAAAAGUAAACAAUGUUGAGUUUUCUUCUCAAGCGACUUUUACGGAUCUUUGGCAGCUUGACCAGACGUUGCCCCCAUCCUUGCUGGCCAAGCUGGAAGAAUUGCGCGAUGCAGCUCAGGCCUAUGAUUGGUGGAAAGAGUGCACAACCCAAUUCAACAUUAAUACUGCCAGUGGGGAUGACAAUGACCAAAACCCAUUAUCUUUAUCGAUACUGCAGAAAUCCUCGCCGUGCCCAACGAAAAGGCGAAAUCUCCUGUAA